AUCACUCAAAGUAGGAGUAUAACUUUAUUAAGUCAUUGAUAAAAAUCGACAAAAAUGGCUUCCAACAUUGAUUUUUCAGUUCAUAGCGGAUCAGAUGUGUUCUUUGACUUUCCUUGUGGCACAUGCCAGGGAAAUGACAGAAACAUAGAGGCUGAAUUUUACUGUGAUCAAUGUACGACGUUUUUGUGUGGAAAAUGUAUGAAGCAUCAUACAAGGCUCUUUCAGAAGCAUGCAACCUUGGGCAAGGAAUCCAUCAGCAAAUGGCCAGUUGCCAUUGCAAAAUCACAUAUUUUAGAUCGAUGUCGGAUACACAUAGAUAGGACAUUGGAAACAUUUUGUGAGGACCACAAUGAACUUUUAUGUACUGUGUGUCAUAUAUACAAUCAUCAGACAUGCAGCCGCGUUAAACUUAUAGCAGACAAAGUGAAAGAGGUGCACUUAGAAGGAGAGAUAGAUCAAUUGACAACAACUAUCAAAACAUUGCGUAUACAGUUGAUGCAGAAGAAAGAUUAUUUUGAGGACAGUUUAAAGUCUCUUAAAACUGUUAACAACACAACUAUGGAAGAAAUCGAUAAUUUACGCAAGGCAAUCAAUGAUUCUUUGGAUAAGCUGCAGAAGGAAACUAUCAACGAAUUAGACGCAUCACUGACAAGAUGGAGAAUAUCCAUAAAACUGAUAUUGAACAUUGCAAUAACUCAAUCAAACAGUUGAUUGAAAAACAUGAUUGGCUGAACAGAACAGAUAACAAAGAAGCUCUCCAGUUUAUUAAAUACAGAAAAUGCCUUAAAGAGUUAAACCAGACGAAAGAGGAAUUACAACAAAUGACAACAAAGGAUGUGACCACACUGGCAUUCAGUCCCGAUAAAACCAUUAACAAUUGUGUUGACAUUCUUUCAGGAUUGGGCUACAUACCUAGCCUGGUAAACUCAGCACUCGGACAGAAAAGACAUGAUGUAUAUACAACUACAAUGAUAUACAACAAUAAUGACCCUGAAUCAUCCACAUCCAAACCAGGCCGGAUGGGCGAGAAAGUAUCUGGAAUACAUAGCAAGUCUGGAACUAACCCAGUAAUGAAAGUGAAGCAAACUAAACAGAACGCCACACAAAGCAAUAUAGAUGCAGCAAAUUGCGAAACAAAAUCAAGUGAACUACAUACAACCAGCAGUAUGAACAUAUCAUCGCAGAAGUGUGAUCCAAACCAACUCAUAACGGUGAACAGAAGUAAGAUGACUACAGUGAGAAUAAAGAAAGAUUCAGAGACGUGCUAUAUAUCCGGUAUAUGUGAGACUGCUACUGGAGAACUCGUCGUAACAGACUGGAACAACAGCAGGAUUAAGCUUCUGGACAAGUCCUUUAAGGUCACUGACCACUGUGACCUUCCUGGAAAAUCAUUGUCCACGUGCAUCAUUGACUCCAGUUUAUUGGCUGUUGCUCUGAAUAGCGGGGAAGUCCACUUCAUCAGACUCAAAAAACCUUUAUUAGGACUAAGCAGUCUGAAGUUGCAACAUGACGAGACAUUUAAGCUCUCACAUUCCAUAAUGGGUAUUUACCACCACCUGGGCAACCUUUAUGUUACGUCUGGCACAGCUCUGUACCACUACUAGAUUGAUGGGAGACGACUGAUGACGUGUGACGGGAGAAAGAUGUAUGAAGAUACAAAAGGUGGAAUGACCGUAACCUCCUGUGCAGUCAGUGCAGACGGAGAAAGGAUAUAUGUUGUUAAUUGGAAACAAAGCCAGUUGUUAACGCUAACGAGGGUUGGCAACGUGAUAUCCACAUGGAAAACCCGUGCUCUACGCUGGGGCAACCUGUUGGUGCUUCCAGGCCUCCAUGUAAUGGAUUCAGGACAAGUUUUGAUAUGUGGCAUGGAAUCAAACACUAUUCUUCAGGUUGACAGAGAUGGCAAACAGAGAAUGGCAGAGGUUGUAACAGAGGAGGAUGGUGUUCACUGGCCAAUAUCUGUGUGCUACAGAAAGAAUAAAGAAUCGCUUAUUGUGGGAAUGAAGGAUAAUGAAAACAUAAUGGUGUUUGACAAAGAACCACUGAUUGAAGAGCUUAGCUGGAGCUUUAACAAGCAAAAAACAUAAAAAAGAUUGACUAUUUCAUUUAUGUUAUUUGUCACAAUAGAAACAUUUUAAUACAUAUAUGUUUAUCAUUUAACCGAAUUGCUGUACAAAAUAUGUUUUUCAUUAUUAUAGUUUUGAAUAUCACAUAACUAUGCACUCAUAUGACUGUGACGUUAUUCAGUUUACUUAACAACGUCAUGUGCAAUUUGCCGUAAUGACGUUGAUCGUAUUAACUGAGUAAAUGCAGUUUAUUUCCGUCCUAAUAAUGUCAAUUUCUCCGUAUAACAAAGCGUGGUCAAAUGUUUAACAAAGUCAGAGAUUCAUUCCAAUCUAGUUUAAUUUAUAUUUCAAUUAUUCCGUGAAUAACUACAUAAAACACAAGUUCCUCGGUUUAUUAGUCUUUCUUAACAUUUCUUUUAAUGUCCAAUUAAAAUAAUUUCAAUUUAACAGCAAACAAAGAUACGCUUAGUGUAAAAUCAUUUUCCUAGUCUCCCUCUCCUCGUUUCUAAACAUCUUUAAAUACCAAAUGUUUCGGAAAUAUUCGGAAAUAAACGCACAUUAAUUAUCAGUACAUUGUAACCGUAUCGUAAAAACAUUCAAUAGCCGGGAAACAACCCGUCUACUGAGAUGUCAAUCUCUUGCACGACGGUUACAUU